GUCUUCGUUCCCCAAGCCGCGUUCGUCAAAACCCUAGAACAGAUCGAGAGAGAGAGAGAGACAGAGAGAGAGAGAGAAAGGGCGAGACUGAUCUACCUCGCGAAGCUCGAGCUCUUCGCUCCGCGUCCUCCGAUCCGCUCCUGCUCGAUGAAGCCUCCGUCCUCCGCAGAUCUGUAGCUCGCCGAUCCACAUCCGCGUUCCGCUCGGUGCGAGGGAGAAGCCAUGGAGGAGGAGGGUCUGUGAAGAUCGCGCGGCUUCCUCGUGCCUAGCCUCGCUCGUCGCUCGGAACGGUCUUCGGAACAUCGCGAGGGUCUUGUUCGCGGCCUUUCCUCUAGCGUCGGAGGUCGCAGGAAUUGAUUUGUCCCCUUGCAAAAAUGGCUGGUCAGAGGAAUAGCUAUGGGAAGCGGGCUCAUUCUCAGUCCGACUAUGCUGAGAACGGAGGAAGUAAAAGGAGAAAUCCUGGUGACGAUAGAGACCAGUUUGUUAUAAACUCAGAUGAUACUGUCUAUCGUUAUUUGUGCCCAGGAAGAAAGAUAGGAAGUAUUAUUGGAAGGGGAGGGGAGAUCGUCAAACAACUAAGGGCAGACACUAAAUCCAAGAUUAGGAUUGGUGAGACAGUGCCUGGAUGUGAGGAGCGCGUUGUCACCAUUUAUAGCUCUAGUGAUGAGACUAAUGCUUUUGAAGAUAGCACUAAUUUUGUGUGCCCAGCUCAACAUGCUUUGUUUAAGAUUCAUGAGAGAGUAGUUGCCGAAGAGUUGAAUGGUGAUGACGAUUCUGAAGGGCAGCAAGUUACUGCUCGUCUUCUUGUACCAUCUGAUCAGAUUGGAUGUGUCAUUGGCAAAGGGGGGCAGAUUGUGCAAAAUAUACGUAGUGACACCGGUGCACAGAUUCGGAUUCUUAAGGACGACCACUUACCGUCAUGUGCAUUAAACUCGGAUGAGCUUGUGCAGAUUUCUGGGGAAGCUGCAGUUGUGAGAAAGGCUCUCCAUCAGAUUGCAUCUCGCCUGCACGAUAACCCUUCACGAUCUCAGCAUUUACUCACUUCUGCUGUUCCUAAUAUGUAUUCUACCGGUGGUUCACUUAUUGCUCCUACUGCUGGUGCCCCAAUUGUGGGUGUAGCACCGUUGAUAGGUCCUUACGGAGGAUACAAAGGUGACACUGGUGAUUGGUCACGCUCCUUAUAUUCAGCAUCGCGGGAUGACACUUCACCGAAAGAAUUCUCACUUCGCUUGGUUUGCCCAAUUGGAAAUAUCGGUGGUGUCAUUGGCAAGGGUGGUACCAUAAUUAACCAGAUAAGGCAGGAAUCUGGGGCAGCUAUCAAAGUUGAUAGUUCUUCAACUGAGGGAGAUGACUGCUUGAUUACUAUCUCAGCAAAAGAGAUUUUCGAAGAUGCAUUCUCUCCUGCUAUUGAAGCUGCAGUGCGUUUGCAACCAAGGUGCAGUGAGAAAAUUGAAAGAGAUUCGGGGCUCCUCUCAUUUACAACCCGACUGCUUGUGCCAACGUCAAGGAUUGGCUGUCUUAUUGGUAAAGGAGGGGCUAUUAUAACGGAGAUAAGGAGACUCACAAAAGCCAAUAUUCGCAUAUUGUCGAAGGAAAACCUUCCAAAGAUUGCUGCUGACGAUGAUGAGAUGGUGCAGAUUUCUGGAGAUCUCGACAUAGCAAAGGAUGCUCUGGUACAAGUAACAACACGAUUGAGAGCGAAUGUGUUUGACAGGGAAGGUGCAUUGUCUACUUUCGUUCCUGUUCUUCCAUACCUCCCUGUGCCUCCUGAUGCUUCGGAUGGUCUAAAUUAUGAUAGCAGAGAGAACAAAAGACAUCCACGGGGUCACUCCUAUUCUAGUGGAUAUGGUGGCUCGAGUGAUCUAGGAGUUGCUGACAGUUAUGGAGGAUAUGGCAGUCCACAGAUUGGUGGUGGCGGUAGUGUAUAUGGUGUAUAUGGUGGCUAUUCUUCUGGACGUGCUGGCUCUUCUGGGUCUCGUGAAAUCCCCGAGGUAUGGUUAGUUUGUUUUUUUGGGGCCGUCUUGUUAGUAUUUACAGUAAAGAUAUUCAUAUCUUGUCUUUUGCUGAUUGAUGUUGGUUGUGGUAGCAUUAGGGGUAAGAAAGGAGAUCGAGAUAGGAUUUCUUUUUCAUUGAAAACGAAGAAGCAUGUUCUGUUGGAGGUGGAGCUUAGCUUGUCAAUCCACUAUUCUGCAUGUAAUGUUUGCUUUGGUGGUGAUUUUCUGUACAGAGAUUCCUAAAUAAGUUGGACGUAGAAACUGGCAGGCGUCAUUUUUGUCUGAUGUGAGAAAUCUAUAAUGAUUUAGAUUCUGUGGAGUAUAGUCUUCUACUCCAGUGUCUCUAGGAAUUUAGAUAGAACAACUUGGACUACUCUGGUCUUUAAUUCGAGCAUUGUUAGGUGGAAUUGCUUGAAUUGUGGUGAAACUAUUGCAGUGCUCGGUGUAGUACUGAAGUAUUUAUUACUAGAUACUUAAGUCUGUGUUGAACUUUGGAAAAAAGUGGUGAAUGGUUCUGUCUAAAAUUGCAUCGAUGUUUGUGGAUU